AUGGGCAUCGAGCGGAUUGUGGCCUCUUCGGAGCGGGACUUUGUGGCCAAGUCCGUCGACUACAUCGAGGAAUGCAUUGCCAAGCACCAGGGACGCAGUGCCUCCAACUUUGUGCUGGGGCUUUCCGCCUCCAAUGGCCGGAUGCGCCGUGCCAGGCAGGCAGACGUGUGGUCCACCCUCGCGGGCCGCAUGGGCGUGGAUUGGUCGAGGGUCUUCGUCUUUUUGGUGGAUGAGCGCUAUGGUUGCAGCAGCCAGGAGGAGAGCAAUUCCUACCUCAUCCGUGAUACAUUGGUGAAGAACCUCCACCGUCGGGCGUCAGGUUUCCCGGAACACCAACUGAUCCUGCCGGAUACCAGCAUCACGCCUGCGAGCGCGUGUGCAGAGGACUACGAGCGACGCUUGUGCAAGAUGUUCGAGGAGGAGAGCGGACCUCAUUUGGUGACCUUUGGCUUGGGUGGUGAUGGGCACAUUGCCAGCGUCUUCCCUGAAUGGUACCAAAGUGUGCCAGAAAGAUGGGCAGAGGCCAUCCAAAAGAAGCGGACCGUGCUGGUGACCGAGACCUCCAAGUUUGAGGUGCGCACUCGCCUUUGCGUGAACUUGAGGGUCAUCCGGGAGGCGGUGAACAUCUUCGUGACCUUGCAGGAAGGCUCUGAGGAGGCUUGGACCCGAGUGAAGAGGUCCUUUGACGAGGAGCGCUUUGGGGAGCGGCGGCAUGCCAAGAGAGCCAAGGUGGUCGAGCCCACGGGCGUGUUUCUAUCCACGGACGGCUUCUUGAUGGUCCAGGCCAAAGGCCGGAAGCCCAAGCCAGCGCCGAAGCCACCCGACAGCCCCUUGCACUGGGUCUUGAGGUACAGCACCAUCUCAACGAUGCAGCUGGCCGUUGACAAGGAGAACCACUAUGCCUUCGUAGUGCUGGGCGCAGCCGGGGAUUUGGCGAAGAAGAAGACCUUCCCAUCACUGUUCCAGCUCCACAUGGGGCGCUUGUUGCCUGGAAACAUGCAUAUCAUUGGUGUGGACAAUCCCCAGUUCCACAAGGACGUGACCAACGUGACCGACUUUUGGGACCAACGGCUUCGAGAACACCUCGAAAAGCAGAAAGGCUGGGUGAAUGAGGACCUCGAGAGCUUCAAAGAAAGGCUUCACUAUGUGCAAGUGCAGCUGGACCAGCCUGACACGGUGGUCGCAUUGGACAGGCACUUGCGAUCGCUGGCGGAAGAUCGUCCAAAGGAGCAUCGUGUGUUUUACCUGGCACUGCCCCCAUUCCUCUUCGCCAAAGCCGUGGAGAAUCUGCGGGAGCGUUGCUGGUCCCAAAGCGGCUGGAACCGUGUGAUUGUCGAGAAGCCUUUUGGAAAGAACGGUACACAGGCGGCUGAGCUUACAGAUAGCCUGAAGAAGUACUUGGAUGAAAAGGAGAUCUUCCGCAUGGAUCACUACCUUGCCAAGACUCUGGUUCUGAAUUUGCUCACUCUCCGCUUUGCCAAUCGGGAGCUGGGGCAUCUCUUCCACUGCCACCAUGUGGCCAAUGUCCGGAUCACCUUUAAGGAAGCCAUCGGUGUGGAGGGCCGUGCCGGCUACUUCGAUGGCUACGGUAUCAUCCGGGACAUCAUGCAGAACCAUUUGAUGCAGGUGUUGACCUUGGUGGCCAUGGAGGCACCUGCCACCUUGGAAGCGGAAGAUGUUCGAGAUGAGAAGGUGAAAGUGCUGAAGCAGAUUCGGCCCAUCGCCCCGCGUGAUUGUGUGAUUGGCCAGUACGACCGGCACCUAGCGGCCGUCAGCGGACAGAGGACAAGACCGUCAGCAUAG